AUGCGAGUGCUCCUGUGGGUAUUGAUUGCGACUUUGGCCAUCUUCGUUUCGAGCUGUGAGGCCGCUUCAUUCGACAAGAACAAGCCACUACCGCGCGUAUUAUCUAGCAAGUCGACGUCACACGUCCGUGCGGUAGAAAAUGCCAUCGAGCUCGACACUCGUAGAGGCGACAGCGGCAGGGAUGAGACUGAAGAGCGAGGUAUUGCCCAGACGAUCGCCGAGAAAGCCAAGAGUAUCAGCAAGAGAACAGUUGAUACAUCCAAACACCUUUAG